AUGCUUUCUGUCAAAAAAGACAGGCGAAUUAGUCAUUAUCAUCAUUAUUAUAAUCCUUAUCGAGAUCCAUCUGCUACAAGAGUGUUUGCUCAUGAGGUCAAUGUUAUGUUGAUGAGACAUGCCGACCCAUUCGACAAAGAUUGGCAGAACACAAAAAUGCUUGUAAAGGAAGCCGAGCAGGCCGGCCAGAGACUGGACAUGAGUAGUCUUGUUGACUAUGGAACGUCUGCUGUUCAAGGGAAGAUGGGAGAGGCUAUUGAAAUGGAUAGAUUAAGGAAUACGUUGAUUGAAGGGAAUGGUGAUGGGAAGUUGAGUAAGAACUACUUACAUUUGCUUGAUAGAUUCCAAAAUAAGGUGAUCCAAAUUGUGUCUAACUUCACUCACACUCGUCCAACAUGUUAG